CAUCCUCUUGGAGUCCAUGGACCUUCAAUUCCUCUGCCUGCUGAUGACACGGAACUAGCUAGCUACCGGGUCUUGGAUUACUUGGUGAUGCUAUGGAUGGACGAAUGAAAGGGAUUGGUGGCAGCAGGCUUCGACGAGGAACGCAGUGUGGUCAAAUCCCCCGUCGCCACGGUUUACUGGAGGCGCGGGACUGCUGAGACUCGAGGGAGCAGGAUGGGGAGGAGGAACCCCACCACCACCACCACCACCGCCACCACCACCACCACCACCAACAGCAAGGGCAAGGAGACCGUUGCUGCUGCUGGAACGUCGAGUUGCCCUCCUCUUGGAAGAGCCACGAGGAAGAACAGCAGGAAAGACUCUAUGGCUCAGGAUACUCCGCCCAUUUCUUCUUCAGCUCCUUGUCAUGGAGCUAAAAAGAAGCGGCCCCCUCCAAGCACACCCAAGCUACCAGAAGACUUUGUGAAGAGGCAGAGAGCAUAUUUUGCAGAUGUGGAUGCCUUCGAGCUGCCAGAGGAAGAGGUAUCCGAAUCUGAGCUCGAGUGAAAACCGAAGCUGAUCGCAGAAUAUAUGGCCUUUUUCUCUGUACAGAAGUAGUUUACUGGAAUUACGCUUAGAAUGUAAGUGCAAGUUAUGGUAGCAAUGUAUAGCUCUUGUAACAAAGAGGAAGAGGCAGGGUACCUUUUUAGUGAUCAGGUGGUCAAUUGCCCCACUAAUGUCCCUUUUACCAAGCUUGUAGCAGCAUAGUAGUAUGGCAGGUACUGAGGUCUGAAAAACGAGGGAGGUUUUGGGAGUUUGAGGAAAAAUGAGCUAGUUGACACAGCAGCAAGGCUGGAUCUUUUAGCCUGUUUGGAAGCAGCUACUCUGGCUUAUAAUCUGUGCUGAUGUUCAUUCAUAGUUUUCUUCUUGAAACAGUGGAGAUUGUUGAACCAAA